AUGGCGAUAAUAGGAGAUGCACUACGGCAGGCCUUCAUGCCGAAACACGAGUACGACUGUCUCCGAGAUGAGGACAAGGCAUGGCACAAGCUCCAAAAGCCUUUUAUACUGUUAACACUAACCCUAAUUUCUGUUGCGAUUUUGCUUUCCACUAUAAUUAGCUUGAAAGUAGUUUUUCCAAACGAUAAAUUGAGGCGGCCUUUCUGUGGGGACUUGCGGAUUCAGCCGCUGGCCGUUAAUUUUACGGAGGUUGGUGGUGGUGGCAGUGGAAGGGAGUCGGAUCCUUUGACAGGGGCGUUUGUUUUGACGGAUCAGGAGACUGCUGAUUAUUACUGGAUGGUUAUGUUCAUUCCUUCGGCUAUGGUUUUCUUGGCAUCUGUGGUCUACUUAAUUGCAGGAAUUACUGUAGCUUAUACUGCUCCAACAAGACAUGGAUGCUUGAAGGUGGUUGAGAAUAGUUAUUGUGCUUCUAGAAGAGGUGGUGUACGCUGUCUUUCAAUCCUGAACAUUGUGUUUGCAAUCAUUUUUGGUCUUCUUGCCCUAUUUCUUGGUUCGACUCUCCUCACACUAGGUUUUAAGUCAUGGAUGGGUCCAUCUUUCCUAUCCUCGGACGAGGAGGAUGAGCCUGACGACUAUCAGGAUGUGCCACCUGCAACACGUACAAACUCCAGCCGGCAAAGAUUGUUGUGA